UUUGGAGUGCAGAGAAAUCCAAAUGAGAAAGCGUUUUGCCCUUUUUCUAAACUUGACACAAUAGGAUUUAAAUUAUGGAAGCAUUAGAGAGAAGGGAUAAUUUGGUAUUGUGAGACUGGAGAGUAGAGUGAUACGUCGCCACUUUUCUAUUCCAGCCACCAUUCCAGUUGUCAGUAUACUUUCAUAUAUUUGGGAGUGACAUGUUCUGUGAAUUAUUCCUCUUUUCCUGAGACAAGUUUCGCCAAGCCUUCUGGCACAAAACACCGAGUCAGAUUCAUCCCGGACAGAAUCCCCACCUGCGCUCGUCUUGGGUUCCAAUAGCACUUAAGGAAGCCCGGUGUGUGCCAAGCCUGUUGCCAUUUGAACGAGUCUACCGCUUUCCUUGGUCUGAACUACCUUUCCCAGAAGGUUCAGCGGCUCGAGUUCUCUUCACGCGAGAGCUUUUCCCGGCAGCUGUCGCACUUGUACGGGUAGCACAGAGGAUCCGAAACGUUACAGGCUGGGGAAAGGCCUUCUGUGGGAACUGACUGGCGGCUGGUUGAGGAUUCCGAGAAGCUUUCAGGGUAGGGCUCACUGAAAGGUGAAACCUUCAAGGUGCGUUUCUGCGUGGGGUUUUUUUCCUUUCGGCGGUGCUGUAGCUAACGGCUGGUAGCAAUCUUGAAGCGUGGGGGCCAUCUUGUUCGCUUCGGUCCCGCGUGGGACUACGUUUCCCAGGAGACUCCCCUCGGCAUCUCGCGGUAAUUCAGCCUCGAAGUCACGCGCUGGCGGGACCUUCGUGCUUUCCCCUCCAAGUGCGGGAGUGCCGAGGAGGGUUUGUGCUGUUUGGGGGAGCGUGUAGGGCCGGAGCCCUGCCCUUUUCCAAAAAGAAUGCUCAGGAACAACGUAAACGCCAAAGCCAUGUCGCAGGAGGCAAUAGUGUUCAGUGAUGUGUCCAUAGACUUUUCUCAGGAGGAGUGGGAAUGCCUAACUGAUGGUCAGAGAGAUUUAUACAGAGACGUGAUGCUUGAGACCUACAGCAUCCUGGUUUCCAUGGUCUUGGAAUCACAAUGUGAAACCGAGAAAUUGCUUCUGCAGAAGGAAAUUUGUGAAGUAGAAUUAUCCCCGUGGGAACUCAUGGGAAAACUUGCAAAAGGUGACCUUUCAGGCUCAGGUUUCCAAGAUGACUGGGAAUGUAAUGGCCAUGUGGAGAAGCACCAUGGCUCCCAGAUGAGGUAUUUCAGUGAACUUAUAAUCACUCCUGAAGACUUGCCCUCUUUCAGUCAGCAUCCAUCCUUCACGCUCCAGCACAUCAUUAAGAAUAAGGAGAAAUACUGUGCCAAGAAAGAAAACAGGAAAACCUUUAGACCUGGCUCACACCUGACUUCCCAUGAGAUAAUUCAUACCAUGGACAAGCCCUAUGAAUGCAAGGAAUGUGGCAAGGCCUUUAGACACCCCUCAAGACUAGCUCAUCACGAGAAAAUUCACACUGGCAAGAAACCCUUUGAAUGUAAAGAAUGUGGGAAAACCUUUAUUUGUGGCUCUGACCUCACUCGACAUCACCGGAUUCACACUGGGGAGAAACCCUAUGAAUGUAAGGAAUGUGGAAAGGCUUUCAGUAGUGGUUCUAAUUUUACUCGUCAUCAGCGAAUCCACACUGGUGAGAAGCCCUAUGAAUGUAAAGAAUGUGGAAAGGCUUUCAGUAGUGGAUCAAAUUUUACUCAGCAUCAGAGAAUUCACACUGGAGAGAAGCCCUAUGAAUGUAAAGAAUGUGGGAACGCCUUUAGUCAGAGUUCUCAACUUAUUAAACAUCAGAGGAUCCAUACAGGUGAGAAGCCCUAUGAAUGUAAGCAGUGUGAAAAGGCUUUUCGUUCUGGUUCUGAUCUUACUCGACAUCAGAGGAUUCAUACGGGAGAGAAACCCUAUGAGUGUAAGAUAUGUGGGAAGGCUUAUUCUCAGAGUUCACAGCUGAUUAGCCAUCAUCGAGUCCAUACCAGUGAGAAACCAAUCCAGUUGGUGGAGAAACCCUAUGAGUGCAAGGAGUGUGGGAAAGCCUUCCGAGUGCGCCAGCAACUUACUUUUCAUUACAGAAUUCACACAGGAGAGAAGCCCUAUGAAUGCAAGCAGUGUGGGAUGGCCUUCAGGCAGACGGCCCACCUCACUCGACAUCAGAGACUUCACUCCGGUGGGAAGCUGCAUGAAUGUAAGGAGUGUGGGGAGGCUUUCCUGUACGGCCCUGACCUUAGAGUCCAUCAGAAAAUCCAUGUCGGUGAGAAACCCUACCAGUGCAAAGAAUGUGGGAAGGCCUUCAGAGUGCGGGGACAACUUACUCUCCACCAGAGGAUCCACACUGGGGAGAAGCCGUAUGUGUGUACAGAGUGUGGAAAGGCCUUCAGGCAGUAUGCACACCUUAGUCGCCACCAGAAGCUCAAUACUGCAGACCGAAUCUAUGAAUGCAAGGAAUGUGGGAAGGACUUCCUGUGCGGCUCAGGCCUCCGGGUCCAUCACAAACUUCAUACUGGUGAGAAGCCCUAUGACUGUAAAGAAUGCGGGAAGGCCUUCAGAGUGCGCCAGCAGCUCACGCUCCAUCAGAGGAUUCAUACUGGUGAGAAGCCCUACGAAUGUAAGGAGUGUGGGAAAACGUUUAGUCGGGGCUAUCAUCUAAUUCUCCAUCACAGAAUUCACACCGGCGAAAAGCCUUAUGAGUGUAAGGAGUGCUGGAAGGCCUUUAGCCGUUACUCACAGCUCAUCUCCCACCAGAGCAUUCACAUUGGGGUGAAGCCCUACGACUGUAAGGAGUGCGGGAAGGCCUUCCGGCUCCUCUCCCAGCUGACCCAGCAUCAGAGCAUUCAUAUUGGUGAGAAGCCCUAUCAGUGUAAGGAGUGUGGCAAAGCCUUUCGGUUGCGUCAGAAGCUUACUCUGCAUCAGAGCAUUCACACUGGGGAAAAGCCAUUUGAGUGUAAGGAAUGCAGAAAGGCUUUUAGACUUAACUCUUCCCUCAUUCAGCAUCUGCGAAUUCAUUCUGGUGAGAAACCUUACGAAUGUAAGGAGUGCAAAAAGGCCUUUAGACAGCAUUCACACCUCACCCAUCACCUGAAAAUUCACAUUCCUCCAAAUGGAGAAAAGCUGUAUGAAUGUAAGGAAUGUCAGAAGACCUUCAUUCGACGCUCCACACUUAGUCAGCACCUAAGGAUCCACACAGGUGAGAAACCUUAUAAAUGCAAGGUGUGCGGGCAGCCCUUUAGACAGCGAGCACACCUCAUUCGCCAUCACAAACUUCACACUGGCGAGAAGCCCUAUGAGUGCAAGGAAUGUGGGAAGGCCUUUACAGUGCUCCAAGAGCUAACGCAGCACCAGAGACUUCACACGGGCGAGAAACCCUACGAGUGCAAGGAGUGUGGGAAGGCCUUCCGUGUGCACCAGCAGCUGGCUCGGCAUCAGAGGAUCCACACUGGCGAGAAGCCCUAUGAGUGUAAAGACUGUGGGAAGACCUUUCGCCAGUGCACGCACCUAACUCGACACCAGAGACUCCAUAAUUCCGAGAAGCUCUACGAAUGUAAGGAAUGUGGGAAAGCCUUCGUGUGUGGCCCCGACCUGAGAGUCCAUCAGAAAAUCCAUUUUGGGGAGAAGCCCUAUGCAUGUAAGGACUGUGGCAAGGCCUUUCGGAUAUGUCAGCAACUGACCGUCCACCAGAGCAUUCACACGGGCGAGAAGCCCUACGAGUGUAAGGACUGUGGGAAAACUUUCAGGUUACGGCAGCAGCUCGUCCGCCAUCAGAGAAUCCAUACCCGUGAGAAACCAUAUGAGUGCGUGGACUGCUGGAAGAGCUUCAGCAGCUACUCCCAGCUUAUUGCCCAUCAGAGCAUCCACGUUGGCGAGAGGCCCUAUGAAUGUGAGGAGUGCGGGAAGGCCUUUCGCCUGCUCUCCCAGCUCACACAGCACCAGAGCAUCCACACGGGCGAGAAGCCUUACGAGUGCAAGGAGUGUCGGAAACCUUUCAGACUGCUCUCCCAGCUCACGCAGCAUCAGAGCAUCCACACGGGCGAGAAGCCUUACGAGUGUAAGGAGUGCGGCAAGGCCUUCAGACUUUAUUCAUUCCUCACCCAACACCAGAGAAUUCACACUGGAAGAAACCCUACAAAUGUAAGGAGUGUAAAAAGGCCUUUAGACAGCACUCACACCUCACUCAACAUCAGAAAAUUCACAAUGGAGCUUAAACAAGAAACCAUGCCAAUGGACAUUGUUUUAUAACAUCAGGAUGUCCAUGCUAGUCAGUAAUGUAAUGAUGUAGGAAGAAUCUUCAGUUUCUAUCAUCAACUCCAUUUUCCCACUUAAUACUAUUGUGAUUUUUGGACCAGAUGCUAAUCUUUUAUACAUUUGUAAAACAAUGAUAAUAGUCCUUAUGUGUAUUAGCUAUUUAUUGCUAUGUAAUAAAUUACCACAAAACUUA